CCUAGAGGACUGCGGCACAGUCAUUCCGUCCACAACCUAAAAGUCUAAUGGGCUCCUUCAUUCACUCGGUGGCAGCACCUCUUCUUCUUUACUUCCUUGCCGGGGCAAUCAUCGCCAAAGAUCGACGGUCUCAGAGGGCUCAAUUUUGCCUUCAUUCUCCUCAUACGAUCGCCUUUCUCGCUUCUCUAAUUUUGGGGGAAAUUUUUGGGGAUCCUUGAGACAUGUUGCUCCAAGAAAGAAUUCCUGUACCGGAAGAUACCCACGUCCGAAAGUUGGUCUUGACGGAAUCCUAUCUGAUCGCGGCCACUGUGCCUGGAUGGAUAGCGAUUCUUGACCUCCGAGCAACACCGAGGGAGCUUGAAUCGAGAGGGGACAAAUACGCAAUUCUUAAUGCCGAAAAGCUGUGGGACAUUGACUGCCAUGAUGACCUGAUUGCGACAGCGCACGAUAACGCGACUGUCCAGCUGUGGAGUGCUGCAGGGAGGUCGAGGAAGGCGGUGCUGCAGUAUCACACAAGCAGAUCUCGCAUGGUGCUUGUUCCGACCUCAUCUAAAGUCGUUUCAGGCUCGCGUGACGGUACCAUCAUCGUGUGGGACGCCGAGUCCCAUCAGGUGAGCUCAGUAUUGACAGGUCAUGGGGAUUCCAUCGCAUGUCUUCAAACCUACGAUGAACUUCUCGUGUCUGCCAGUAGUGAUGGCGUCGUAAAGCUCUGGGACUUGAGUAGUGCUACCUGCAUCCGCACGUUGGAAGGACAUGAUAAAUACGUUGAAACUGUGGCAUUGCAUAGCAGUCGGACUUUGCUCGCAACGGCCGCUUCUAAAGGCGAUACGAGGAUAUGGGAUCUACAAGAUGGAUCAUGUGUCGCUCGAUGCCAGGGACACACGAGAGUUGUGGCACAAUUCCUGAAUGUAGGCGAGGACGCACUUGUCACCGUUGGCGCAGAUGGCUCUAUAAAGCUUUGGGAUUGGAAGUCGGGCGCCUGUAUCCGGACACUCGAAGCUCACACCCCAAACGCGAUACGCGGACUGUCCUAUAGAGAUCAUCAUAUGGUCUCCGCAGGAAUGGAUGGCACAGUGAAAGUCUGGAACCGCGAAACAUGGGACUACCGCUUCGAGCUCCGAAAGAAAGUACGCUGCGUUUUCCAUGCUGUGAGUUUGCGGGACCAGUUAGCACUCGCGAUAAGAUUGGAAGACGGAAGCCGCGCGGUGGAGCUGUGGGACAUUUCGGAGUUGACAGCUGCAGCGGAGUAGAGUGAUCUUCUGUAGGCAGAGCAUCUGCCUUUACUCCUCAGGCAGCGCGCUCUGGUGGUGCAGCAAGUCACCGUUUGGGGGGCAUUUGAUGGGGAACAUCAACGGCAGCUGCAGAUGAGUCUGUUCUCUUCUUUUCCGGUGCUCCGGCACACCGCUCUUGCAAUCUCAUUACGAGCCUCCGACUUUAGUCCUUUUGCUAAAUGGUUUGUUGCGUUUCGGGUCGUCCUAUUGGCUGGUCUUAGACCGCCAACACCGCCAGACUCACAUCUUG